CUGAGGAGGCGGCGCGGGCCCCGCCCCCUUCCCUCGCGGGCGCGGGCGCGAGACGUUGCGCGGCAGCAGCGGCGGGCGCGAGCGGCAGCUGUCAGGCCGCGGAGGUCCAAGCUGCACUUGCCUCCCCACUGAGGACGAGGAGGCAGCAGAAGCAGUGACGGUGUCGCUGAGCUGCCGGGCUGCCGGCACGCAGAGCUAACUGCCUGGCGCCCGCGGCUCUCUCCCAUCUCUGUUCCUUUGUGUCGGAACCUUAAAGAAAGAAUAAAACAGCAAGAAAAGGACCAGAUUGUGACAAAGACCCACUUGGGUUCUCUUGUUUACAAACUCCUCCCCGUCUGGUGCUGCAACAAUGAGUGGGAAAUCUCUGCUUUUAAAGGUCAUUCUCUUGGGUGAUGGUGGAGUUGGGAAAAGCUCACUUAUGAACCGUUAUGUAACCAAUAAAUUUGACUCCCAGGCUUUUCACACCAUUGGGGUAGAGUUCUUAAAUCGAGAUCUGGAGGUAGAUGGACGUUUUGUAACUCUCCAGAUCUGGGACACUGCAGGGCAGGAACGUUUCAAGAGCCUUAGGACACCCUUCUACAGGGGAGCAGACUGCUGCCUCUUGACUUUCAGCGUGGAUGACCGGCAGAGCUUCGAGAACCUUGGUAACUGGCAGAAAGAAUUCAUCUACUAUGCAGAUGUGAAAGACCCUGAGCACUUCCCCUUUGUAGUUCUGGGUAACAAGGUAGACAAAGAGGAUAGGCAAGUGACUACUGAGGAGGCACAAGCCUGGUGCAUGGAGAAUGGGGAUUACCCUUAUCUAGAAACAAGUGCCAAAGAUGAUACUAAUGUGACAGUGGCCUUUGAAGAAGCUGUCAGGCAGGUGUUGGCUGUAGAGGAACAGCUGGAGCAUUGCAUGUUAGGUCACACUAUUGACUUGAACAGUGGCUCCAAAGCAGGAUCUUCAUGUUGUUAAAAGUAAGAAGCCUUUUAAAAGUGUGCCCCAAAUUGAUCAGUCAGUAAUAUAAGAAUAAUUGUGCCCCUCUAAGAGUGCACAAACAAAAAAAAGGUAAGAGUUAAGGUUGUAAUUGUUAAUCAGAGCCUUUCAAACUGAAGUUGUAGAGCAGUAUUUUUAAAAGUGCUUUAUCAAGCCAAGUGUAUUUUGCGUGAUUUCUGCUAUUUCCUUCUUGUGUGUAUCAGGACACUUCAGAAAGCUUUAGUCCUGAGAGAUGUAAAUGUUUGUUCAAAUCACAGUUUAAACUUAGAACCCAGCCGCAUGAAGGAAUUAAAGAACUACAGCUAUCCCUUAAAGCGUUCCGUUAAUCAACUAACAAAUGUCACCAUCGACUCUUGCCAAGCAGUUUUUGACAUGUCUGCUAAAGGGAGGGUGGGAAAUAAUACUCCGAGCUGUAUUACAAUAAAAAUAAUAAUACAAACAUGGAUAUACUAAGCUCGAAUUAUGAAGAGGUUGUAAUGAGUACAAAUGCAAAAAGUGUAAUGAUGUACACUGCCUUGUUUAAAUCCUUAUGUAUGGUUUGCUCCCAUCUGAGCUUUUCAAAAAAUACCAUCUCAAUAAGCGAUACACUAAUGACACUGGAAAUUAAUUAUACCCCUUGUGUUUGAAGUAGCAGGGUACUAGGAAAUGGAUUAUGCUUAAAUAUGCCAACCACCCUUGCAAAUAAAUGGCUGGUCUGCUUUUACUUCAUAAGUCUACUUUUGCUGCAUAGGGAUGUUGCUUCUCUGACAACCUCUUAUCAAUUUAGCAAUGCUGCUUAAUAUAUGGCUUUGGAUACAGUGCUCUCUGCUCGUAAUUUGAUGGUCCUUUGGUCCACCAUGCUGUGCUCUCAGAGAAGCCUUCAGAAAAGAUUGGGUGAUAAUGGGCUUUUCUCCCAAGGUUCCUUAAUUUGCAUAUUUGUAGAAGAAGAAACUGAUUUCUUGUAUGUUGUACUGUAUGUUCAGCUGGCCAAAUUAGGACCUUGAAAGUGACAAGAGAGCAGACUUUAACCCAGUGUUAGAAUGAAUGUCUCAUAAUUAGUGUUGUCCAACAGUGGAAUGGACUGCCUUAAUAGUGAACUUAUUUCCAGUAAAAAUAUUCAAGAAGAUGCUGGAUGACCAUCUUAAAAUACCAUUAAAAAAUUCUGUACUGGCUAGAUGUUUGGUUUAAAGUCCCUUCCAGCUCGAAGUUCUGUAAAUCCACAAGCUACAAAUUACGUUUCAGUGCCAUGUUAUAGUUAGAUGUAUCUUAAGACAACAGCUAAGACUAUGGAGAGGGACUUUAAAAAUGCCCAAACUAUUCUGGGAUCAGCAUUUAACAGCAAGUACAUAGCUCAGUCUUUUGCUUUUGCAUAAUGGCAGGAGAAAUUAUUAAGAUCUGAGUAAUCAUUAUGUGCCCUGAUAUAAACAUCUUAAAGAUACCAUAUUAAAAUAUAACAGCGGUUUAUCAAAUUUUGAUUACCAUGUCUGCCCGCCCUCCACAUGCAGUCUAGUUUUUGUCAGUUGACCUGUUUGUCCUGCAUAGCUUUUAAUCUAUACUUUAAAAACAUCUAUGAUUAAAAAUAGUGACCCAGGUUAGUGAGGGACAGUUAGAAAUGACCCCCAAAUGAGACCUGGGCCAGGGAGGGAGCGGUGGGAGCUUUCACAGGAAUAGAGUCUAGAACUCUCCAUUGUAGCCACGUAUGGAAUCAGCCUUACACGUGGGACCUUAUAUAAUUUAAGAGCUCUGGGACUUUUUGGCCACAUAGACAAUUGGAAGACAGUGUUUCAACCCAGUCAUACUCAAUAUUUCCAAUUGAAAUAUACUCCUGACCCCAUUGUCCAACUAACUUUGAUGACAGAAGUCAAAGCCAAAACUGGGACCCCACAGCUCUUAAGUAUUGGUCCCUAUCCUGCCUAUGCCUAUAGCCAGCCACAGUGGUUUCCAGGUUUUGUAAUCAUUUUGCUAUAAUCAUGUUAGGGUGAGAAUCUGUUAUGUCAGCACUGUUAAAUGCUAAUUGAUUUAAGUGCAUGAGACCUGGGGCUUUCUCUUUUUACUUAUACUCUGCUUAUGAUAGUUUCAAUUUGUAGAUCUCAGGCCUUCAUAAAGACCUCCAUUCACUCACAGAAGUACUUGUCUCAAUUAGAAUGGCAUGUGGUCAUUUAAGUAAAAAAAAUUACAUGGGUAUCCUAUUCAUAGGCCUCUGUCCAUCCAAGACAAGUGUUAAUUUUAUUGGCAGAUCAACUGAAGCCCUUUUCCUCUUAGCCAUACCAAUUUUUUUCUACCAAAUCACUAGACAAUAUCUUAAUGAAAGCAGUUAACAUUAAGUAACAAAAAUAGUGGCAUUUUGGUGACUAACACUCGGUAGAGUGCUGAUGUAUAAUUUGGGUGAGAUUAAAACACACCAAAGGCUGAAAUCUGUGAGUACCAGGAACUGUGCAUAUAGGCUUAGAAAUUACGUACCCUAGAAUGUGCAGAACCGCAUUUUGAGUAGAUUUUUUUCAUGAACACUAGAUUUUUUGAAUAAGAUAUUUCUAAUUGGAACUAUACCGUUUUUCAAUGGUGUAUUAAAACAUCAUACAGAAUAUUUAUUUAGUUUAUUUUCAUGUAUUGGGCUAACAUUCAGGGGGCCUCAGAUUCCAUAUGUCUUCAGUGGAAUGAUAAAUUUCAGGUUAAUUUGUGCCUGCCCCAGCCAUCUCUACUUUACCCUGAGGUAUUCCAGAAUCCUCUUGUUGCAGGUGCUGCUAAAAACCCAAAAUUGUGUAUCAGAUAUUUUGUUUCAACUGUAAAAAGUCAUCUGUGUUGAAGUAAAUAAAGUGCAUUUUGAAAAACCAGCA